AUGGGGAGAGGCAAGAGGUGGUGCGAUCAGGAGGACGAGGCUCUGGCUCGUGCGUACAAGGCUGCCGCUGAAAACUCCAUCCAGGGGACCGAUCAAAAGGCUACUGCUUUCUGGGAGAAUGUGUACCAGCGUACAGCAACAGCUUUCGGCGGCGACUCGCGGACCUUGCAGGCCAUCAAAAAUCGCUGGAGCUUAAUUUCUCAUGACACGGCCAAGUUCGCUGGGUGUGUUUCUCGCGUGAAAGCUCGCAAUGAAUCGGGGAAGAAUGACGACGAUGUUGUCAAUGAUGCUGUCGUAUUGUUCCUGGAAACUCAUGGAAGCAGCGGCAAGAAAGUCGUCGUCGUUAUCAAGGAGUAG